GUCUGACGGCUCCAACUUUUCCUCAAUUCUCGAUUCCCGAACUUAGACACCCCCGGAUCUGGAAAUUCGCCGGCCGUCAAAUCCUACCGUCGGAAAUGGCUUUAUCGACACGGCGAAUCGCUUCUCUCCUGAAUCCGUUUUCGGUGGCGGUCUCCUCCAUCCGCCACCUCUCCACCGAUUCCGCUGCCGCCAUCACCGUCGAGACUAAUCUCCCCUUCAGCGCCCACAACGUCGAUCCUCCUCCGCGCACCGUCGAGACGACGGAUAAGGAGCUCAUGGGCUUCUUCAGAGAUAUGGCGCUGAUGCGCCGGAUGGAGAUCGCCUCCGACUCGCUCUACAAGGCCAAGCUCAUUCGGGGCUUCUGUCACCUGUACGACGGCCAGGAAGCGGUUGCUGUUGGCAUGGAGUCCGCGAUUACUAGAAAGGACUGCAUCAUCACGGCAUACCGAGACCACUGCAUCUACCUUGCCCGCGGGGGGACGCUACUGGGGGCGUUUUCUGAGCUUAUGGGACGAAAGAACGGGUGUUCUAAGGGGAAAGGAGGCUCGAUGCACUUUUACAAGAAGGAUAGUGGAUUUUACGGAGGCCAUGGGAUAGUAGGGGCUCAGGUUCCGCUAGGUAUUGGAUUGGCGUUUGCUCAGAAGUACUCAAAAGAGGAUUAUGUCUCAUUCUCCUUGUAUGGAGAUGGUGCUGCCAACCAGGGUCAACUGUUUGAAGCUUUGAACAUGGCCGCGCUUUGGGAUUUGCCUGCUAUUCUGGUUUGCGAGAAUAAUCACUAUGGAAUGGGGACUGCAGAAUGGAGGGCAGCCAAAAGUCCUGCCUAUUAUAAGAGAGGAGAUUAUGUUCCUGGUUUAAAGGUGGAUGGUAUGGAUGUCCUUGCUGUAAAACAGGCAUGCAAAUUUGCAAAGGAUCAUGCUCUAAAGAAUGGACCAAUAAUUCUUGAAAUGGACACCUAUAGGUAUCAUGGGCACUCCAUGUCUGAUCCUGGAAGCACCUAUCGCACAAGGGAUGAGAUCAGUGGAGUUAGACAGGAACGUGAUCCGGUCGAAAGAGUCAGAAAGUUAAUAUUAUCUCAUGAUUUAGCAACUGAAAAAGAGCUGAAGGAUAUUGAGAAAGAAGUGAGGAAAGAGGUAGAUGAAGCCAUAACAAAGGCUAAGGAGAGCCCCAUGCCAGAUGCUUCUGAACUCUUUACGAAUGUAUAUGUGAAAGGUUUCGGAACUGAGGCAUUUGGAGCAGACAGGAAAGAGGUGAGAGCAACACUCCCUUGAGUCNAUAUAUAUAUAUAUAUAU